GCGGAAGGCGGGUACCGGAAACGGUGUUUGGUGGCGCCUGCCAUGGCCGAAGCUGCGUCUGUCGCGGCUGAAUCUCUCGCGGGCAGCAGGGCGCGCGCUGCACGCACAGCACUAGGUCAGGUGGUGCUCCCGGGUGAGGAGCUGCUCCUGCCGGAACAGGAGGACGCGGAAGGCCCUGGGGGUGCAGGGGAGCGACCGUUGAGCCUGAAUGCUGGAGCGCGCCCGCGGGUGCGCGUUGUAUGCGGUCCGGGUCUUCGGCGCUGUGGGGACCGCCUGCUGGUCACCAAGUGCGGCCGCCUCCGUCACAAGGAGCCCGGCAGUGGCAGCGGCGGCGGUGUUUACUGGGUGGACUCUCAGCAGAAGCGGUAUGUUCCAGUAAAAGGAGACCAUGUGAUUGGCAUAGUGACAGCUAAAUCUGGAGAUAUAUUCAAAGUUGAUGUUGGAGGGAGUGAGCCAGCUUCUUUGUCUUACUUGUCAUUUGAAGGUGCAACUAAAAGAAACAGACCAAAUGUGCAGGUUGGAGAUCUCAUCUAUGGCCAAUUUGUGGUUGCUAAUAAAGACAUGGAACCAGAGAUGGUCUGUAUUGACAGCUGUGGACGAGCCAAUGGAAUGGGUGUCAUUGGACAGGAUGGUCUGCUUUUUAAAGUGACUCUGGGCUUAAUUAGAAAGCUAUUAGCUCCAGAUUGUGAAAUAAUACAGGAAGUGGGAAAACUCUAUCCACUGGAGAUAGUAUUUGGAAUGAAUGGAAGAAUAUGGGUUAAGGCAAAAACCAUCCAGCAGACUUUAAUUUUGGCAAACAUUUUAGAAGCUUGUGAACACAUGACGUCAGAUCAAAGAAAACAGAUCUUCUCCAGAUUGGCAGAAAGUUGAUACAGGUGGACUUUUUUACAGGUCAGUUGAGGCAAAAAACUAUGGGUUUUUCCAGGUGAACCUCCCCCAUUUAAAUACUCAGAAGAUAAGGUGUGAAUGUAUGUAUUAUCUUAUUAGAGUCCUAAAGUAUUUUUAUAAGUUACUGGUUUUCACCCACGCUUUCAUGGGAGAGAAAAUCAUUGCAAAAUCAUCUUUUUUGUUCAGUACAAUAAAGUUUACUAAACAGUAUUAGGGUUUAUUUGGAGUUAACUCCCUUAGUAAUUGCCACAGCUUCCAUAAUUAACUGGAGGUCAGCAGUAAAAUAAUUUUCUGAUUAUAACAGUAAGCCAGGUUCACCAGAGGAAAUGUAGAGUACAUAAGUAUAAAGCAGCAAAGAAAUGUCACCUGUAGUCCCAUUAUUCAGCAGGUGAGUAUAUAACGAAAUACCGUGUUUUUUGUUUACCAAGUAUUGUGUUUUGCAUGGAUUAAACUCCUUUAUUCUUACUAACUGCAGAAGACACUUAUCCUCAUAAUUGAAACUGAGGCACAGAGUUUAACUUGGCCUGCAUUCUCUAUGUUCAUCAAAUUGAAAUUAUAGUAUUAUAGCUUAUAUGCUACUUUGUAAUAUACUUUUGUCUACUUCAAACAGCAUGAUACAUUUCACAACUUCCAUUAAAAAUUCAUUAGUCACAUAUUUCAUGUUACAUAUUUUUGAUAUAGUUUUAUCAUUAUAUAAAUUAACACUAUGAGGAUUUCUGAAUCCCAAUCUGGCCAAGUCUUAUUUUGCUAAAAUCAUUUCCUAGGCGCUAAGCAUAGAAAACUCUUCUAUGCUAUUUAGUAUAUUAACUAAAACCUUUAGAGGUUUUAAAAAAAAAAAAAAAAAAAAAGACUGCAGGUGACCCACAUCAGUGAUUCUUGGUUUCUAGACAUCUGAGAAUACGUGAGAUACAGAUCUCCUGAAGCCUAUCCAUAGAAAGUCCUUUUUGGAUCAAAGAGAUUAUAGAACUCAUUGUUUAUCUAUUUGUUGAUAAA